UUGACAGCGCCAGAUGUCAAAAUGGCGCUGGUAUUGUGACGGUGGAGGAGUGCGAAAUUGUUUUUCCAGCUAAAAUCACCACUCAAAUCGCCCGUGCGUGCGUGAAAAUAGGUGCAGAGGUGCCCGAGUGAUGUCCACUCACGUGUUUGGGUGUCUUCCACGUGAGAAGUGUGCUAAUUUGUGUGGAAAAUCAGGUGAUUUGUUGUGCCUCGGACGCAGCGCGUUUCGUAACUUGUGAGUGUAAGUUCUCCGGAUGGUGAAUCCGCAAGUGGGUGAAUAGCUGACCGCAAAAUCGACAAAGAUCUGCCCAAGAUGCUGCGCUUCCUCAGCAGACGGCGUCACCGGAAUCCGCGGCCCGAGGACACCGCCAGGAGUCCACACAUCAAGGCGCAGCGCAUUCCCGUGAACAAAAAUCUCAUCCAGUGCCGCAUCAUUCUGCUGGACAACACGGACCUCUCCGUGGAUCUGUCGAAAAAAGCCAUGGGGCUUGAUUUAUACGAGCAAGUGUUCUAUUCGCUGGAUCUCAUCGAGAAGGAUUACUUUGGACUCCAGUACACAGAUGCGAACAAUGUCAAGCAUUGGCUGGAUCCCACGAAGGCUGUCAAGAAGCAAGUAAAAAUCGGUCAGCCGUACACGCUGCGGCUGAAAGUGAAAUUCUACUCGUCGGAGCCGAAUGCGUUGCGCGAGGAAUUGACCAGGUAUCAAUUCUUCCUGCAGCUCAAGCAGGACAUCCUCGAUGGGCGUCUCGAGUGCGACACGCAGAAGGCGAUUGAGCUCUCGGCUCUCGCUCUUCAAUCCGAAUUGGGUGACUAUGACGAUACCGUCCACACUCCGGCCACCGUGUCGGAGUUCCGCUUCGUGCCCAAUCAGACUGAGGAGAUGGAGAUUGCAAUUCUGGAGGAGUACAAGACGUGCGUGGGCCUCACGCCGGCCCAGGCGGAGAUGAAUUAUCUAAAUCGGGUGAAGAGUCUCGAGAUGUACGGCGUGGACAUGCACACGGUGUUGGGCAAGGAUGGCUGCGAGUACCAUCUGGGCUUGACGCCGACGGGAAUUCUCGUGUUCGAGGGCAUCCAGAAGAUCGGGCUGUUCUUCUGGCCGAAGAUCGGCAAGCUGGACUUCAAGAAGAAGAAAUUGACGCUCGUGGUGGUCGAGGAUGACGAUGAGGGCAAGGAGCAGGAGCACACAUUUGUCUUUCGGCUGUACAACGAGAAGGCGUGCAAGCAUUUAUGGAAGUGUGCCAUUGAGCAUCAUGCCUUCUUCAGGCUGCGAUCGCCGCUCAAAGGACCCUCGGCUAGGCAGAAUUUCUUCCGGAUGGGCUCGCGAUUCCGGUACUCGGGCAAGACGGAGUUCCAGACGGCGCACCAGAGUCGCGCCAGGCGAACGGUUCAGUUCGAGCGGAGGCCGUCGCAACGCUUCGCGAGGAGGCAGUCGCACGUGCUACGGGAGCGCCAGAAAUCCACGGCGCAGCCACAGACGCCGGCAGAGACGCAGCAAGUGUCCACGGAGGAGACAAAUACAUCUGUCUCGGUGACGCCAUCCCCAUCGAUUCAGACUGUGAUACACGCGCCCACGAGUCUCGACGGCGGCCUGGUGAAUGGAGUGGCCAGCCUCGGCAGGAGUUCGGCCUCGUCCGCGGAUGACACGGCGGGCGAUGGAUACAGCAAAAUUGCGGCACAUCACAGCUCCUUCGGAAAGGCGUCCAUCAGCUCGGCGUUCAGCGUGAAGAGUGACAGUCACAUUGACAAUCUCCUCAAGACCAUCGCAAAGGACACAUCGGCAGCAAUGCAUGCUCAGGAGUCGCUGAACGAUGCCAACAGCAUUCGUGUGACGAUCAACAAGACGUCCGAUUUGGAGAGCAACACUGACACGCUGAAGAAGCUGGCGUCAGGAGCGGAGAAGCCCAAUAAUCAGACAAAGGUGACGAGCGUGGCUGGACCACUGCCACCAUCGCAGCUCAAGUGCAACAUUCUCAAAGCUCGCAAUGAAGAGGAAUCCGCAUCGACACCGGCAAAGAUGACCAACCAACUAUUCGUCCAGCCCCUGCCGCCAUCGUCCGAUGGACCAUCUUCCCUGGAAGCAGCCACAUUCGUCUCUGUGGGUGGUGACAAGCUCACGCUGAAUCUCACGGGAGUCUCGACAACGUCCAGUCCCACGUCGACGCUCAAUGGGAAUCCGUCGACACCCAAGAAGUUUACCGCAACGGCCAUCGAUGGCACGGAAGCGAAUGGGAAUCCGGAUUCCGUCACGGUGACGCAUUUCUCUGACCAGCGCGGCGUUGUGGAGAAAGUGAGUGUUCCUGCACUGAAUAUCUUCAGCACUGAACUGAAAUCACCGAAGAUGGACAACAAUUUGAGGGCGGCGAGCAAUUGUCUGAACAAUGUCAGCAACAAUCCUUUCUUAACUCCGUCCACUGAAAGCUCACCAACUGCCAAUAGUUGUGUCUCCGCGACGAAUCCCUUCAGGGAUGCGAUAGAGAGCGAUGAGACAACGACGACGACGACGACGACGACAUUCUUCAACAAUAAUCCCUUCCGAUCCGAAGAGCCGCUCAUUGGAUCGCCAACGAAGACGUCGUCAGAGGAGAAUUCCAAGCUGAGUGCCUUGAAUGCGAAUGAGACACAGAACACGAGUGCAGAGGAACAGAAUUCCAAGGAUGGUUUCAACACUAGUAGAAAAGUGUCUCCUGCGCCUGCGAUGGACAUGGUGAGUCCCUGGCUCGUCUCCUCCGAGGUCGUGAGUGCUCCGCAAAAGUCCAAGGAAGCGCCGAUCCUUCGGAAGUCCGUCAUAACCACUCAACUCUAAAGACUUCUUUACUGCAAUUUCUUCGACUUGUGCUUUUUUACCUUUUCUAUACCGAGACCAAGUUAAAGGUAGAUUUUAUAAGAUUUACACUUUUGCAAUAUCGAGGGGCUGUUGAGAAUCCGCGCGCGUGUUGUCAUGAAUCGAAUGUAAUUUCCCGUACUUAAUGACUAUUACAGUAGUAAAGAUUAGAGCGAUUGUAGCGUAAGAAAUGUGCCUUCUGCAUUUUUAACCGUACUCUGAGAUGAACUUUACCGCCUAAUAGAACGAUCUCAGAAUGUUUAAGUGUCCCUCAGAACCUUUUGCGCUUAUCUGUCCUGCCUUUUGCAAUGUCGGGUUGGUGGAUUAGUUGAAAAUCUCUUCCUAUUUUACACUUUAUCUGAAGCGUUCUUCUUAGAAAGUAUUAUUUACAGCAUUAAUCGAUUAGGCAAGGAGGAUGUCGAAAUAUUUCCGGUGCACUGUAUUGAGUGCCAUUUGAUAAGAGAGAGAGAGAGAGAGAAGUGUAGUUUGAAUGAGAGGAAAUGUACUUGAUAAAUCUUUUACAAAAGAACCUUUGUAACAGUUGAAGACAUUUUACAGCAGUGAAAAUAUACAAUGUAUUAGAAUUUA